AUGCUUAUAUCAGCCAUUGUCGCUGGUGGGGCUGUUCUCGCCAAACCAGUGGCAUGUGUAACCAUUCCACUGUCGCUGACGCCGCCAAAGAAUACGAGUCAGCCGGUUCUCGAAUCGUUCGUCUCGUUCUCAAUUGAGUUUUCGUCGUUUCCGGAUUUUGCUGGAAAUUCAAGCCAUCCGAAUGACUUUUCGUACAAUCUCUUGAAGAAUCUGGGUGACCUGCAAGGAUCGAAUCCCAUUAUUCGAGUGGGUGGGAACACACAGGAUUACGCGACAUUCAACGCCUCGCAAAGCGAACAGCUGGUGGGAACUUUCAAUUUCAACCGGUCACGGGACUAUCCAACGACGAUCUCGAUUGGCCCGUCAUACUUCGACAGCUAUUCAACAUGGCCGAACAUCAGCUACAUCCACGGAUUCAAUCUCGGCAAGAACGGAAGCGCCGGGCAUGACACCCUCGUCGGCACCGUGCCUCUGGUCUGCAAAGCACUCGCGUCAUCGCCAGACAGCAACAACGAGAGACUCGCGUACUGGCAGCUAGGGAACGAGCCGGACUUGUUCAAAACGAGUUCGCAAGGGCCCGUGAGACCCUCAUGGUGGAAUGAGACCGACUAUGUCCAAGAGUGGCUGAACAAGACGCACAUCAUCAGGGAUCUCGUGCAGAAGAAUUGUCCUGAGAUUCUGCCGCAGGACAAGUUUAGAUUCUAUGGCCCCAGCUUUGCAGGCACGGGGAAUAGCUUGAAUAUGAUCACGACGUGGAAGAAGGGCAUUGAUGCCGAUCAAGAUAUCAGUUUCGUGGAUAGUCACAAUUAUAUCGGCGGCGCGACGCAGCCAGGAGUAACGCUGCAGGGGACGCUGAUGAACCACAGCUCGACGGCGGCGUCGGUCAAGAAGCACCUGAACGAAUCACGGAUCCUGCUCUCUCAAGGCGUGACGCAGCCGUACAUCCUAGGCGAGACGAACAGCCUGUACAAUGAAGGGGCGCCGGGCCUCUCGAACUCGUUCGGCGCCGCGCUAUGGGGCCUAGACUUCAACCUGCACUGCGCGGCGAACAACAUCCGCCGCGUGCACAUGCACCAAGGCACCAACUACCGCUAUGCGUCGUGGCAGCCCCUCGAGACCGUCAACGAGACGCUUGGCACCAAGGCCCCCUACUACGGCAAUAUUGCCGUCGCGACGUUCCUCGGAAACCCCAACACCGGUAGCGGACGACGAAGAGAGAAAGCAGAAAACGUUUCGGUCGCCGAGAUCGACCUGGCCGCCAAUGCCAGCAUCUACCACAGCGCAUACGCCGCGUACUUGGGCGGGCGACUGACUAGGGUCGCGGUGAUUCAGAUGCGAGCGUAUAACUAUUCGACGACGGCGGAGGAUUCAAGCACGCCACGGCAGCGCCCAAUCGAGACGUUUGAGUUCCAGCUCGACGGCGAGCAGGCGGCCGCGGCGGCGGUCAAGAGUGCGGUUGCGGAGCGCCUGAUUGCGAAUGGUAGCGAUGCUAUUACCGGCGUCACCUUUGGAGGCUACUCGUUCAACCAUGACCUGGACGAGGGUCGCCCUGUCUUGUUGAAGAAUGUUUCCGCCAGUGAGCCCGUACAGAUCCAGCAGGGUGGUAGGUUCGCUGUCGAUGUGCCUUGGUCGAGUGCCGUCAUCUUGAGCUUUGCGUACUAG